UGAUGCUCCGCAGCCCUUUUCUAAGUCUGCACCUUUCUGUGUCUGUGGCUCCCAGAACUGGCUAAGAAAUGGAGGAGCCUCAGCCAAACACUCAGAAUGCGACAAGCCCAGAGAACAAUGAUCCUCUCCACAGCACCAGCCCUCAGAUCUCUGUCAGUGAGUUUUCUUGCCACUGCUGUUACGACAUCCUGGUGAACCCAACGACCUUGAACUGUGGCCAUAGCUUCUGCCGUCACUGCCUAGCUUUAUGGUGGGUGUCUUCAAAGAAGACAGAGUGCCCGGAGUGCCGAGAAAAAUGGGAAGGUUUCCCCAAAGUCAAUAUUCUCCUCAGGGAUGCCAUUGAGAAGUUAUUUCCUGAUGCCAUUCGACUGAGAUUUGAAGACAUUCAGCAGAAUAACGACAUAGUCCAGAGUCUCACAGCCUUCCAGAAGUACGGGAAUGACCAGAUUCCUGUAGCUCCCAACACAGGCCGAGUGCAUCAGCAGAGGGGAGGGGGCUUCUUCUCCGGAGUGCUCACAGCUCUGACGGGUGUGGCAGUGGUCCUGCUUGUGUAUCACUGGAGCAGCAGGGAGUCAGAGCAUGACCUCUUGGUGCACAAGGCUGUAGCCAAAUGGACGGCGGAAGAAGUGGUCCUCUGGCUGGAGCAGCUGGGCCCGUGGGCCUCUCUCUACAGAGACAGGUUUUUGUCUGAGAGGGUCAAUGGCAGGUUGCUUUUAACUUUGACAGAGGAAGAGUUUUCCUGUGCGCCAUACACCAUAGAAAACAGCAGCCACAGAAGAGUUAUCCUCAUGGAACUGGAGCGCGUCAAAGCACUGGGGGUGAAGCCCCCCCAAAAUCUCUGGGAAUAUAAGGCCGUGAACCCAGGCAGGUCCCUGUUCCUGCUCUACGCCCUCAAGAGCUCCCCCAGACUUGGUUUGCUCUACCUGUACCUGUUUGAUUACACCGACACCUUCCUACCGUUCAUCCACACCAUCUGCCCUCUUCAGGACGACGACUCCGGAGAGGACAUCAUCACCAAGCUUCUGGACCUUCGAGAACCCACGUGGAAGCAGUGGAGGGAAUUCCUGGUCAAAUACUCCUUCCUCCCAUACCAGCUGAUGGCGGAAUUUGCGUGGGACUGGCUGGAAGUCCACUACUGGACGUCCCGGUUUCUCAUCGUGAAUGCCAUGCUGCUCUCCGUCCUGGAAUUGUUCUCCUUCUGGCGGAUCUGGUCAAGGAGUGAGCUGAAGACGGUGCCUCAGAGGAUGUGGAGCCAUUUUUGGAAAGUAUCAACGCAGGGCCUUUUUGUGGCUAUGUUCUGGCCCCUCAUUCCUCAGUUUGUUUGCAACUGCUUAUUUUACUGGGCCCUGUACUUUAACCCAAUUAUUAACAUCGAUCUCGUGGUCAAGGAGGUCCGACGGCUGGAGACCCAGGUGUUGUGA